GCGCUCUUUGAAUAAUCUUGUGUUUUUGUUGAUGGUGGGAUGUACUCCUCGAAAAGACGCGAGAAGAAACCUUUUUUUUUCGGUGAUUGUAUCCUAUGUUGACCCGAGGCCUAUUCAACAUCGUCACAACCCUCCUGGUGAUAGCCAGCCUGUCAACAAUUUCAUCAUCUGCCGACACUCAGCCCGUAGUGAACGUCAUCGCGUCGGAAAGUCCCAACAGUGUGCGCAUCAGGCUGGCCAAUUUCACCAUGUCAAGGCACAUCACACAGUCCGUCUUGAGCAAGGAGCAAGCGGAGGGAGUAGGAGCACGCGUAAGACGCAGCGUGGGUAGACCUGAGCUCAAAAACCUGGAUCCCUUUCUAAUGUUAGAUGAGUUCAAAGGAAAGAAACCCGGUGGUUUUCCAGAUCACCCGCAUAGAGGAUUUGAAACUGUGUCAUACAUACUGUCUGGGAAAUCUGCCCAUGAAGACUUCACUGGCCAUUCAGGAAUCAUCGGGCCAGGUGAUCUUCAGUGGAUGACAGCAGGACGGGGUAUCGUCCACUCGGAGAUGCCGGCUACCGAGGACAUGUGCCACGGCCUGCAACUCUGGGUCAACCUUGCUAGGGAGUUCAAGAUGGUGGAGCCGGAGUACCAGGAGCUAAAGAGCAAAAACAUCCCUGAGGCGGAGAAAGAUGGGGUCAAAGUGCGGGUCAUCGCUGGUGAGGCACUGGGCAAGAAGUCCAAGGUUCGGACUAGGACCCCAACAUCCUACCUGGAUUUCACCUUACGUAAGGGAGCUGUCUUGGAUCAACCAAUCCCUCAAGGCUGGACAGCCUUUGUCUAUGUGCUGGCUGGCAAGGCUUUAUUUGGAACUGGUGACCAGCAGAAGCAAGGCGAACCACAUCACACACUGGUGCUAAGUGACGGUGACCACAUUCAUGUUGAAAACAAGGAGACAGAAGCCUGUCACUUUGUGCUUAUAUCUGGCAAGCCAAUAGGAGAACCCAUUGUUCAACAUGGUCCUUUUGUCAUGAACACACAAGAGGAGAUUCAACAGGCCAUCUCAGACUACCGCAACGGCGUCAACGGCUUUGAGAAAGCUCGCACCUGGCGUUCUAAACAGAGCAGCACCUUCUAGCAUCUAGUCCGGACCAGACCAUGAUGAGCAACUGUGGAUGUGCAGAGAAUGGUGGAGGUAGGGUUAUGUAGCACAAUGUAAUCUAAGUAAGAUCACAGUUUUAACAGAAUACCGACACAAGAUUACGUAACUGAUGUCGGUUGAUAUGCCGUGUCGUAGUGGAAUCCAUCAACAAUCUGAGCCCAAUUUCACAGCGCUGUUAAGCACAUGAUUUUCUGCUAACAGAGCCUCUGUCUAUUUC